AUGGAGCAAGAAAGCACAGCCAAGCACGGCGGCGAGCCGAACCCAAUCGACUCCACCGGCCUAUGUCUGCUGUCCUUAGAUGGCGGCGGCGUCCGUGGCCUCUCGUCACUCUAUAUACUGAAGAGCAUUAUGGACAGGCUAAACUACGCGCGGGAGCAGGACAAACUCCCUCGGGUGAAGCCGUGCGAAGUGUUCGACCUUAUCGGGGGCACGAGCACUGGUGGCUUUAUUGCGAUUAUGCUGGGCCGGCUCGAGAUGGAUGUCGAUGAAUGUAUUGACGCAUACAGCAAUCUCGCAAUAUUAGUAUUCAGAGAAAGACUACAAUUAAUUCCUUUUAACUUUAAGGGUGAUAUCUCAGCUCGUUUUGUUUGUACUGCCGAGCGUUACACUAAGAAUAUUGUCCGUCUUCGAAGCUACAGCCUUCCUCACGAGCCAAAUAUCAACGCGAUAAUAUGCCAAGCCGCCCUCGCGACAUCUGCCGCCACAACCUUCUUUGAACCUGUUAAUAUCGGCGACCGCUCCUUUGCCGAUGGCGGACUGGGCGCGAAUAAUCCAGUGGACGAGGUUGAGAGUAAAGCGUUAAAUAUAUGGUGCCAUGAGACGGGAGAUCUAAAGGAACUGGUCAAGUGCUUUAUCUCGAUCGGAACAGGAAAUCCCGGGAAGAAGUUAUUUGAGAAGAGUAUAAUGAAGUUUCUCGGGCAGACAGUGGUGCAUAUUGCAACUGAGACAGAGAACACGGAGAAGAGGGUUGCAAGAGAUUGGAAGGAGGAGUAUAAUAAGAAGGGAGCGAUAGCGGCCGUAACUGAGAGCUACCUUACGUAUAUAGAGCAGAAGUUCCGAGUGCGGGACUGUAUUAAGAAUAUGCGACUUAAGCAGAACAAGCCUGGGCCUUCUUUUGCCACUAUAGUACAUGAAUAUACAAUCCGCGCUAAUCGACAGGAGUCAGCGCCCCAUCGCACACCCUGGAUUGUACCUUUUGAGAGGAAUCCUCGCUUCACAGCCCGUGAGCCUCAGCUUGCCCAGCUAGAAGAAAUGCUAUCCGCCAACGAUCGUACCGCAAAGAUUGCUAUCAUCGGUCUCGGCGGCGUUGGGAAGACACACCUCGUGCUCGAGUUGCUUUUCCGAAUGAAAGAAAAGCAUCCUACUCUCUCCGUUGUCUGGAUACCAGCAACUAACAAGGAAAGCCUGCACCAAGCGUACCUCGAUGCUGCCCAGCAGCUUGGCAUACCCCGAUGGGAGGACAACAAGGAGGACGUGAAGAGUCUGCUGCAGGAGUACUUGGGCAGAGAAAGCAGUGGUCGGUGGCUGCUAGUGUUCGACAAUGCGGAUGACCGAGACAUGUGGAUCGCCAAGCCCGAAUCUGGGCUAGAGGCUAGGCAAGGAUCCCGACCUUUGAUCGACUACCUCCCGAAGAGCAACCAAGGGGCUAUUCUGUUCACCACGCGCGAUAGGAAGCUCGCAGUCAAACUUGCACAACAGAAUGUUGUGGAAGUUCCGGCAAUGGAAGAAGGCGCGGCUGCUCAGCUGUUGGGAAAGUGCCUGGUCGAUCCAAAGCUCGUCGACAGCCAGGAGGACACAAGCGCCAUGCUAUCGCAGCUCACUUAUCUUCCACUGGCUAUUGUCCAGGCAGCGGCGUAUAUCAACGAAAAUGGGAUAGCAGUCGCAGACUAUCUUUCCCUCUUAGCAGAGCAGGAAGAAGAAGUCAUCGACCUACUCAGUGAAGAUUUCGAGGACGAUGGGAGAUAUAGAGAUGUGAAGAACCCGGUAGCCACAACAUGGCUAAUUUCGUUCGAGCAAAUCCGGCGGCGUGAUCCGCUUGCAGCCGACUAUCUAUCGUUUAUGGCCUGCGUGGAGCCAAAGGACAUACCGCAAUCUCUUCUUCCGCCAGGACCGACAAGAAAGAAGGAGAUGGACGCCAUCGGGACACUUAAUGCUUAUUCCUUCGUCACUAGGCGACCAGCCGAUAUGGUCCUCGACCUCCAUCGGCUAGUACAUCUUGCAACUCGGAACUGGCUCCGCAUGGAAGAGCAGCUCAGCAAGUGGUCAAAGAGAGUUAUCAUGCGACUAGAUGAGGUCUUCCCAAAUCAUGACCAUGAGAACAGAAGUCUUUGGAGAACUUAUCUGACCCAUUGUCGCUACGCAUUACAGUCUGGUCUAGUCGACAAAGAUUGGAAAACCCGAAUGGACCUUAUGCGGCGAUAUACAAUGUGUCUCUACGAAGACGGUUGGUGGGAUGAGACCGAAACUUGGAUUUCACAGAUUCUUGAUACGGACAGAAAGGACCUAGGAGCGGACCAUCCUUCUACGUUGACUUGCAUGGCCAUCCUAGCAUCGACGUUUCGCGAACAGGCAUCAAUCUAUAGACUUCAAGGUCGGUGGGAGGCCGCGGAAGACCUGGAUAUGCAAGUUUUGGAGAUGCGCAACAAGACGAAAGGAGCUGAACAUCCAGACACGCUGGUUAGCAUGUCUAAUCUAGCAUGGACGUUUUGGCAACAAGGCCGGUGGAGGGCCGCGGAAGACCUAUUCGUGCAAGUAAUAGAGAUGAGCAAGAAGAGGCGGGGAGCCGACCAUCCAGCCACGCUGAUAAGCAUGGCCAUUCUAGCAGUGAUCUACAUGGAUCAAGACCGGUGGGAGGCCGCGGAAGCCCUACUCAUGCGAGUAUUGGAGACAAGGAAAGAGAAGCUAGGAGCCGACCAUCCAAACACGCUGGUUAGCAUGUCUAAUCUAGCAUGGACGUUUUGGCAACAAGGCCGGUGGAGGGCCGCGGAAGACCUAUUCGUGCAAGUAAUAGAGAUGAGCAAGAAGAGGCGGGGAGCCGACCAUCCAGACACGCUGGCUAGCAUGUCUGAUCUGUCCACCGUAUGGAAAAGGCAAGGUCGAACUGUGAAAGCUAUGCACCUUAUGCGCGAAUGUGUGCAACGUCAGAAAGGCGUCCUGGGUGAUAAUCAUCCCAGGUCCAUUUCCUUGUCUAACCUGUUGGCUAAAUGGGAGGCAGAAGAAGGGGCAAUUAGCGGCUCAGCUUCAGGUGUGACUGAGACAGAACACUAG